CGUCGCGGGCCGAUGACGCGGGCGGUCGGUGCGGCGUUUCCCGGUGUCGCUGUUCCCGGUGCGAUGAGAUUGUGCGCCCCGCGCUGAUGGCGACCCACCGGACACCGCACGGCUCCGCGCCGGGGCCCAGGGUGGAUGAGUUCACCGUCCCCGCCGAGAAGAGCCGCCUCCUGGAGCGCAGCCGGGGCCGCAUCGAGGGCUUGUUCGCGGUGCAGCUGGCCAUGCUGGGGACGCAGGGGGACUGGCAGCCCGCGCUGCAGUCUCCGAGUGCCAGUGCCAGGAUCUGGGUGCAGCUGGCGGGCUGCCCCAAGGCCGUGAGCAGCGCCAAGGAGUACAUAAAGGGACUGUGUGAACCUGAGCUAGAAGAAAAGGAGUACUACCCAAAGGAUAUGCACUGCAUCUUCGUUGGUGCACAGAGCCUGUUUCUCAACAAUCUUAUUCAGGAUACCUGUGCUGAUGUAACAGUGCUGGAAAUGGGGUUGCUCAGUAUUAAGGGGGGUGCAGAAGCUGUCGUUAUGGCUCAAAGUCAUGUGCAGCAGUUUGUAAAGCUUUUUGAGAAUAAUGAAAGCUUAUUAAGUGACAAUGAAUCAGAGAUUAAAAAGCAGUUCAGACAAUUCGUAGAAGCACAUGCAGAUAAGUAUACAAUGGAUUUACUGAUUUUGCCCAGUGCACUAAAAAGAGAACUCCUAGCUCUCACCCAAGCUGAUGUUUCUGGAGGGGAGACUACCAUCAUAGAUCUCACAGGCUCUGAAAGCCCACAGCAGCUUAGACAGAACAGCACCUCCAAAGUCAUUGCUGCAAACAGAGAUGGAAGGGCAGGUGAGGAGGAAGCAAGAAGCAAUGCUGGCACACCUGUAACUGAGCUUAUGAAGCAAAUGGACACCGUGUUUUCCAACGCUCCUGAAACAAGGUUUGUUCCCAUAAAGGACCCUCUGGUAGAGGCAGUGGCCUUUAAAGAGAGGCAGUCAUGUAAAAGGAGGUCUUCUGAUGGGGAGGAAAGGCUCCCUAAAAAGCAUUUCUCUUUGGAAAAUGAUCAGCAAGUGAAAUCUGCUUUACACAAGAAUCAUUCAGACCCCGAUGCAGUUAUUGAUCUGGUUUUGGAUAGCUGCAAUGAAUCAGAUGGUCCUACUUCCUGCCUUAAAGAAGGUGAUGCUCUCACUGAGGAAAUGGAAUAUAAAAUUCUUGUGAACUUUUUCAGAACAAUGGGAUAUUCCCAAAAUAUUGUAGAAAAAGUUAUUGGUAUCCUAGGACAAUCUGUGGAACCAUUAAUAUUGCUAGAAGAAAUUGAAAAGGAAAAUUUAAAGUUUAAAAAAGAACAUGAAGAGUCAUCUCAAAAGCCUAGAACUGUCAUUCUUCCUUUAGGAAAUAAUAUAAAUAAUUCAGAAAAGCUAGAAGACAAAGGCAUUUCUGGGAAUAAAAGUCCACUUAAAUCCAGUCACACCUCAAAGGAGACAAAAAAUGAGUAUCACAAAGUAAGAGGUGCUUCAGACACGCAAAUUGAUGCAGGAGAUAAAAUGCAUAGAUUGGUAUGCAAAUCUUCUUCCCCUCCCAGCAAAAAUUCAGUUCUGUGCUGUAAACAGAGAGAUGUUAUUGCCCCUGGUAAGAAUCAUAACUCAAGGUCAAGCAAUAUAGAAACUGAUGGUGGGGUAACUUUCAGCACUGUGCAAGCUGGAGCUCUAAAAGAUGUUGGCUUUAUAGCCAGAGGGAGCUCAGAUGUGCAGCAUAUCUCAAGUGAGAGUAAAACUGCAUUUCAGCAAAAAUCUGCAGGGCCUUCAACUGUGCAGAAUAACCACCCUGGUUGUGAGGAGCAGCUGGGACACUGCAGCUUUUCUCAAGCAAGGCCCCCCCACCAGCGCUUUUCCCAAACCUCACAUUGUGACAAUCCUGUCCCAGACUGGUUACUGUCUUCACAAAAACACCCUUCAAAUCCAGAUAGAGACACAGUGGGACCACAUCCAGAUCAUUCAGUUACUGGAGUUCAAAGAUUUUUGGACUCUCUGAAGAAGCCAUACAAACUGGAGUUGAUAAAUGAACCUGGAAAACCAUAUUUAAAACAUAUAAUUAUUGAUGGAAGCAAUGUUGCAAUUUCUCAUGGUUUAAGGAAAUUCUUCUCCUGUCGAGGAAUUGCAAUAGCUGUUGACUACUUUUGGAAACGUGGCCACAGAAAUAUUACUGUGUUUGUUCCACAGUGGAGAACAAGACGUGACCCUUCCAUUACAGAGCAGCAUUUCUUAACACAGCUCGAAGAUGUUGGAAUAUUGUCUUUAACCCCUGCAAGGAUGGUUUUAGGAGCAAGAAUUGCUGCUCAUGAUGACAGAUUUUUAUUACACCUUGCUGCUAAAACUGGAGGUGUUAUUGUGACUAAUGAUAACUUCAGAGAAUUUGUGACAGAAUCAUUUGCCUGGAGAGAAGUUAUUCAAAAAAGGUUGCUCCAGUACACUUUUGUUGGUGACAUAUUUAUGGUUCCUGAUGAUCCUUUGGGAAGAAAUGGACCCAGAUUAGAUGACUUCCUUCGAAGUGAAGGCUAUUCUAGAGAUCCUUGGUCAAAACAGAAGGCUUUACAGAGCAGUGAGACACCUUUUUUCUUCCCCGAAGUGAGCAGUAGCAGUCGACAGCCUGGAGGCAGAGUGCACGAUGAUCGUUCAUCCCCAUGGCUUCCACGGGAAGAAAACACAGAGCCUUGUCCAGCAAUUCCACCACAGAGAUCUGCCUCAGAAACAGUCCAGCUAAGAGAAGCCUUGAUCAAAAUUUUUCCUGGCUAUGACCAAAGGCAGAAGAUUGAUCAAAUACUAGCUAAUCAUCCAUUUAUGAGAGAUCUCAAUGCACUGUCUGCCAUGGUUCUUGACUGAAUGCUUACACAGCUUUUAUAUCACACCUACUCUGACUAACGAUUACCAGUGUGAAGAAAAAUGUUGGUCUUUUAUGUUACUUUGUGAAUAUUAAAAACCUAAUUUUAUUUGUAUAAACAAAGAUAUUUUUGUGUAUGUUCUGUUGCUAAUAGAUGCCAGGUUUUGGUAAAUUUAAAACUGCUGCUACUACAGAUUUGUAGUAAUAUUUUCUAUGAAAAAAAAUCUGCUUCACUUGAAUUGCUGAUUAAAGCAGUGGCAGUACUCUUUUGAGCAGUGUGUUAGUACUUUUUACAAAGCUCUUUUCCUGGAAGGCAGAAUUCCUGUCAUUUGGAGACCCGCGUGUGGGAGCAGCUGCCAGCAGGUGGAGGCGUGGGACCGUGAGGAUCUCCGGGAAGGGCGUGAAAAGCCAAGAAAAUCCACUUGCUCUUACAGGCUGGAAAUGCUGUGCAGAUAAAUUCACAGCUCUCAUCUGGAAAAGGUGUCUUGAAUGCUUUAAAAGAUCUGAAACCUACACUGGUUUUUAAAUCGGGAAUUAUGUUGACUAUCAGUAUUCUUUCAGAAUAAUUUCAAUAUAUUGCACUGAUACCUGUUUGCCUUGCCUGUUCUCGGUGUGAAUGGUGUGGUGUUAACAGAACGUGAUGCUGUCUGUAUAGAAAUAGGGUUUUUUUUGUGCAAAGUUAUAGCUGCAGUCAGCUCUACCCCUUUAGAUCUGUUCUGGGAUCUAGCCCAAAAGUAAGGGGGGGAAAAAAGGAAGAUCAUACAUGAAAGCUGACCAAUGGGACCACUUUCAAAAGCAGAGCAAAGUUAAGACUGUCACUAUAUCUGUACACACAUAAGUCUGUUACUCCUUCCUUUUAACCAGUCUCUGGUACCAAGUGUUCACAUGAGGAAAAUCAAAUUGGUCUGUAAAGAAAAUGUGGGCUCCAGAACCUGUGUUCAACUUCUGAUAUGCUGAGCCUUAUCCUAAAGCAUUAGUGACUUCCUCUCCUGUUUCAUGGGGGUCUGAAAUCACUCUGCUUAUAUGCAAAAGAGCUGAAAUAUACUUGAGGAACCGAGGGUAUUGAAAGACUGUCUUUUUGCAUGGUUCUUUCAUGUUUUGUGACGUCAGAAACAGAAGGCAGUCUUUGUUCUUCCCUUAACACAAGCAACCUGAAAGAGAAUUGCAGCAAGAACAAAAAAGUCUUAGGAACAGUAGUUACUGCUACUCAAAAAUGAAGGUGAUGAUGAAGAAAGGCCUUUAGUGUUACUACAUCUAAACUGACAAAUUUUAAUUAUUCUUUAUUUGGUGUGCAUGGGAGAUUUGCUAUUCAGAUGGGCGGAGUCCUUCUGACCAGCAUGUUUGCCAAAUAGUUCUUACCUAUGAAGUGUUAUGUAAUGUUCAAGUUAUAACCCUAUAAAAACUUAGGCAGGUUCCUAAAGCCUGUUAUCACUGACUGCAGUUGGUAUAAUUUUAAUAAAUAGUAAGAGAAUAAAUCACCAGCUCCCUCGCACUGCCUGGGGGGGCCUGUGUACAUGUGUGAACAUGCUCUUUGAAGAACUUGUCUUCAUUACAUAUAUCCCUGGUUGCAUAUGUUGUUUUCGCUUUUUAGGUGCUGGUGUGGAAAUAUAAUGUAAUCUUUAUUUCAUAGAGUCACAGAAGAAGCUGAGUUGGAAGGGACCCACAAGGAUCACCCAGUCCAACUCCUGGCCCUGCACAGGAUAAUUCAACAAUUCUGCCCUGUUCCUGAGAGCAUUGUCCAAACACUGUGAGUUCUGUCAGGCAUAGGGCUGUGCCCACUUCUCUGGGCAGGCUGUUUGGUGCCCAACCACCAUUUGGGUGAAGAGCUUUUUCCUGAUCUAACCCAAAUUCCCCCAACUUAGCUUCAAGCCUCAAGUCCUGUCACAAGAGCAGAGAUUAGCAUUCUUUCUUUUUUCUCUAUUUCUUUCUCCAAAGUCUGUUUCUGAAGCAUGUCUCGUGCUAUUCAACCUUUGCUUGCUGUAAAAACACAACUAGAAGCAGUGUUUUGAGUGGAAAAUAACAGGGACUUUCCCUUUCGUGUGAGUGAUUCAGCAUUUCCCUGUCCCUCCUUUUAAAGGGGUAAAGUUCUGAGACUGAUUCGUGAUGUGAGGCAAAGUGCAGCAUUUCUGUGACAAAUACAAUAGUUUACUGCUAAAAGGAGUGUUUUCCAUUUUAAGAGCAUGCAAUGUAAACAAUUUUAUUGCAGUUGUAAACAAGCAAAGCUCAGAUGAGUCCCAGUAGUCAGUGCUAGUGCUGCUGUUUUCCUUCCUGUUUUAGUGCCAUAUUAGGGUAGCUCGUGUUUUGGACGAGCAUUUCUGAACCAGAGAGAGAGUGCCUGUGAAAGUUCCAUGACAAACAGUGACUCACACAGUGUCUUUCUAAUACUGGCAGAAUUCCUUCUGUUUUGCAAGCUUGCAGGCUGUGUUUGAUAUGAAUGCCUUUCUUGCUAGAGUUUUGUGUAGCUGCACUAAAUGCUCUUUUUAGAACUGGGCCUGGUUUAUGUUCUGGAUGGCUCUUUUAUUGGAAAGGUUGUAGAUCUGCUAUAAUUCGUGUAUAAGACCAGUUAUUCUCAUAAAUACAGUUUAGAAUAAUAAUGACUUUGCAGAUUCCAAGGCCUAAUCUGCUGUCUGGUAUUUGGAGGAGUCUGGUUAUAUAAGUAGGUGUUUCUCUAUCUGUUCAGUUUCUCUUUUUUAUCACAGAAUGGAAACCCAAGUGCCUUACAACAGUGUAACCCAUGGUGUUCAGACUAUUUCUAGCCUUCCUGACUGCUACUGUUUGUGCUCAAUUUUGUACAUAAAUCUACCGGUUUUGUAUAUAUUGUGAUUUAACUCUGUACACACAAAGUGCAAAUACUGCAGUGCUUAAAUAGAUGGUGUAGACAACGACAUUUAAAAGACAGAUUUUAGAUUUGUACUUUUUUUACCUGUGUAUUAUAUGCAUUUAUGUUUAGAAUGUGGUUCCAUUGUACUGUUCAAACUCUGCUGGGCUGUGUAUGACAAUCCCAAGUUUUUGCUGUCUACCUUGUGGUUCGUUAAGUUCUGUCAGAUUGCAUU